AUUUUGCGACUCUGAUUAGAUGUGUAUUUAAAAAUGAAAAAUAUGUCGUCUUUCGGAGGUCAGUGGCGCGUACUGCGACACUAUUUGUCUCUAACAAAUUUGAAUGCAGAAGCAGAAAAAUUAAUUCAAAAAAUUAAACCAGUUACACCAGAACAAUGGGAAAGGUUCCUGACGAAACUAGAAAAAGCGUUGUCCGUCCAAGUAAUAGAACAAAAUAAAAGUCAAGAAGUAAUAAAUUUAAAGGACAUUAGAGUCAAAGCGACCGCCAUCGAGGAAACUCACAAAACCGAAAAGUCUGACGAGAGGCAGGCCGGUGGACUCGGCAUCGGCUCAGAGGCAAAGGAAAUAACAUUCGAAAGCUUCCUUCAAGGGUUGAAGUUGAAAAAGGAUUUGCAUUUCGGCAAGCUAUCGGAGCCAAGUUGGAAGUCUAACAAGCCAACUGUUACCAAGACAUCGAUACAUUCUCGGACUGCGUACGUCAUAUCCGCGAUCGUAACUGCUGAAACUUCAGAAUGCCUCAUGAAAAGGACGGAACAUUUCAUAGAUCACCUAACGCAGUAUCCUGAAGCCAGAGAUUACGCUAUCAAGGAAGGUGCGGUCAGGGCGUUAUUGCGCGUGGAAAACAAAUUAAACGAUGAAAUUGAAAUCGAUAAACAAGUGAAAGGAGUCGUUAAUGAGGCCCUCGCUCUGGUGGGGUACACGGGGCCCACUAAAGGACCGGGCCCUAACAUCCUAUCCCUGGACGGAGGUGGAAUAAGAGGUCUGAUAGCCAUAGAGAUCCUAAAACACCUGGAGAAGAUAACAGGAAGGAAAGUGCACGAGCUCUUCGACUACAUUAUAGGUGUUAGUACGGGAGCCAUCAUCGCUGCUGUUAUCGGCAGCGGCAUCGGUUCACUGGAGACCGCGAGUCAGAUGUAUCGCACGCUGUCAAAGGAGAUGUUUGGGAAGACCUCGGUCAUCGGAGGCACGUCCAGGCUGGUCUGGACCCACUCGUACUACGACACCGAGGCUUGGGAGAAGAUGCUGCAGGAGAAUCUCAGGAACUGUACGCUCUCCGAGUGCAACCGGUACAACAGGCCGAAGAUCGCGCUAGUGUCGUGCGUGGUGCGUCCGGGCGCGGGGCUGAGCCCGUACGUGUUCCGCUCGUACUCGUGCGGGUUCCGCGUGCGCGCCGCGCUGCCGGGCAGCGGCCGCCCCGCGCUGUGGCAGGCCGUGCGCGCCUCCGCCGCCGCGCCCACAUACUUCCACGAGUUCACGCUGGACGGACUCAUCCACCAGGAUGGUGGUAUUAUGGUGAACAAUCCUACCGGGGUAGGGAUACACGAAGCCAGGCUACUAUACGGAGCGGAUGCCCUAAGGAAGGGCACCAUCAUAUCUGUAGGAACAGGGAAGGCCCUCAACAAACACGCGGAGAACAGGGGUCUGAGUAAGGGCGCGCCAAAGGACCCUGCAGGGACCAGUUGGAAGGAGAAGUUCAACAAGAUAUUGGAGUCCGCCACUGAUACCGAAGGAGUGCACCUGGUCGUGAGCGAGCUGUUGCCCCCGGGCUCUUACUACCGCUUCAACCCCCCGCUGAUGCAGGAGUGCGCUAUGGACGAGAUCGACCCUGAGAAAUUGGCCAGUCUGCUCACAGACACCAAUGACUACAUCAGACGGAACCAGCACAAGUUCGAGCGCGCGGCCGCGAUGCUGACCCGGAGGCGCGGCCUCGUGCAGCGCGCGGCAGACUACGUGCGGCACAAGCGGCAGAUCAUGGGCCUAGUCCAGGGGCACUGACAGUCGCCCGACCUCACGCGCACGGCCGGAAAUCCAACGAGUCGCCAGUGAGGUUGUUGCGACACAGAUCAAUAUAGCGUUUGUCGCACUCUAUUAUAUAGCCUGUCUCUUUCUCGCUUAGCUUAGAGUAAAGAGAACAGAUGAGGGUAGCUCUAAAAAAAUUCAAUGUACGCUUGACCAUUUGUUAUUACGUAUAGUGUUCAUUAUUUAUUGUAUAAGUUAUGUAGUAUGUAGUAUAAAAGGGGUACAUUAUAUAAUUGUACCCCUUUCCACAUUAAUAUCUGAAUUUGACUUUAAAAAUCCUUCUCUUCUCCUUGUGUCCGCGAUGGCAAUACAGACACCAUUUUUAUUUUAUUACUAGCUGACCCGGCAAACGUUGUUUUGGCAUAAAUGGUUUUUCUAGGAAAAAUUUUUUUUGUUAGAGAUUCAUCCUUAAUAUUUGGUUGUAUGAAAAAUAGAUGUUGAUCUAUUCUCAGACCUACCCGAUAUGCACACGGAAUUUAAUGAGAAUCGGUUGAGCCGUUUCAGAGGAGUUUGGCAAGAAACGCUGCGACACGAGAUUGUUAUAUAUUAGAUUAUUGUCAAAUUCGUAUGACGUCUUUUUUAAUUGAACAUCUGAGUGCUUAGUCCGAGUUUUUUAACGUU